AUGUAUCUAUCUAUUUAUGUCUGUCUGUUCGUCUGUCAGUCUCAGCCUGUUCAUAUCUAUCUAUCUAUCUAUCUAUCUAUCUAUCUAUCUAUCUAUCUAUCCGUCCUCCUGUCUGUUUCAGCCUGUCGUGCAGAAUCUUCAUGUCCUUGUGCCAGUAAUUGGACAUUUUCAGUAAUUUAUUUUUUCAAACUGAAUAAUUCUCUCUUCCAUUUUCAAACACCCUCUCAUUUUCUUUCGAUUUUCUCAACCCUCUCUUUAUUUGACCUAUUUUCCACCCUCUCUCUCUCCCCCCUCUCUCUCCUCUCUCUCAACUCUCUCCCUCUCUCUUACCUCUAUCCCCCUCUCUCUUACCUCUAUCCCCCUCUCUCUUCCCUCUCACCCUCUCUCUCCAUCUCUUACUUCCCUCUCUCUCUCCUCACUCUCCUCUCUCUCAACUCUCUCCCUCUCUCUUACCUCUAUCCCCCUCUAAAUUCCCUCUCCCUUCAUCUCUUACUUCCCUCUCUCUCUCCUCACUCUCCUCUCUCUCUCAUCUCUAUCCCCUCUCUCAUACCUCUAUCCCCUUCUCUCUUCCCUCUCUCCCUCUCCCUCCAUCUCUUGUUUCCCUCUCUCUCUCCUCACUCUCCUCUCUCUCUCAACUCUAUCCCCUCUCUCCUACCUCUAUACCCCUCUUCCCUCUCUCCCUCUCCCUCCAUCUCCUCCCUCUCUCUCUCCCUCCUCCUCUCUCUCAAAUCUCUCCCUCUCUUACCCUCUAUACCCCUCUCUUCCUCUCUCCUCUCCCUCCAUCUCUUGCCCCCUCUCUCUCCUCCUCCUCUCCUCUUUCUCAACUCUCUCCCUCUCUCUUACCUCCUCCCCUCUCUCUCCCCUCUCUCCCUCUCCCUCCAUCUCUUACUUCCCUCUCUCUCUCCUCACUAUCCUCUCACUCUCAACUCUCUCCCUCUCUCUUACCUCUAUCCCCUCUCUUUUCUCUCUCCCUCUCCUUCCAUCUCUUACUUCCCUCUCUCUCUCUCUCCUCACUCUCCUCUCUCUCUUAACUCUAUCCCCUCUCUCUCCUCUCGAUAUUUAACAAUCCCCCCACGAGGAAUAUAUGUGGCACAAGGCCGAAUUUAA